AACCUGCAGGUAAUAUGUUAGAUUUUAGUUUACCAGCGAGUAUCUUAUUUCUUUCAACUCCGAAUUCUGAAAAAAUCGAGUAAUGGUGUUUCUACAAGGCAUAUUUAUAAUUGCAGCUAUUACAAUUAUAGAAGUAUCGGAAGGGAAGGAAUUGCACCUCUACACAAUGAAGAAAGACUGGCAAGGUGCCUUGGACUUUUGUAAAAGAAAACAAUGGAAUCUGGCAACCACUGUCACUAAGCAGGCUCAUGGUGAAUUGGGUGAAGCGAUUAAUGCAUGCAGGAGCAAAUGUGGUGGCUCCGAGUUCACCAGUUCGUGGACAGCUGGCACCUCUUUCAAACGAGAUGAAAAUAACAAGAAGAUAUUCGAAUGGGCAGGUCUCAAUAAGGAAAUUGGUUCUUUCGGUUGGCAGCAUAACCAACCUGAUAAUUUCAAAAAUAAUGAGAACUGUGUAGAGGCAAAAAAAUUUGAGGGACGUCGCCAAAUUUUCCUCAACGACCGACCAUGCUCCGAUAUUUAUAACAUUAUUUGUGAGAACCAGCCCUAAAGAACAUUUCUGGAUGUAAGGGAGAAUAAAAGAUUCUUUAAUGUAAA